AACGACACCACCGUAGCGAUGGCCAAGGCCAACUCGUGCCUUGACAUGAUGAUGCGGCUGCGCGUCGAGGACCUGAGCGAGCUCAAGGAAGCCUUUGACGCGCACGAGGGCGGCGUCGACCUUGGCAGCUUUGUCAGCAUCCUCCUCGAGAAGCUCGAGUGGAGCGAAGCCACGGUGGUGUCUUUGGUGUACGAGCUCAUCGAGCUCUUCCGCGAGAUUGCGAUUCUUCGCCACGGCAAAAUGCUCUGGGACGACUUUACGAGCGCGCUCAUUGACGUCGGCAUGCGCGCGUCCGUCGACGAGCUUGCGUGGCGCGACUGGCGCUACGAAGAAAACACGUUGUAUCUGGACGAGCUCAGCCGCCAGCCGCGCAACGUGCAGUACAUCCCCGAGCUCAAGCGCAUCUUUGCCUUUGACAGCACGCGCCCCGUGAUCCAGGUGUUUGAUCCAUCGGCGAUUCUGGCCAUCGAAAGCGGCGCGGCCGAGCACGAGCCGACUCGAGCGUCAAGUGACCCGACGACGCCAAUGUUCGCAUUGCCCCUCUUGCACGAAGUGCACCCGCUCUGCUACCAGCACGGCUACCGCAAAGACCAAGACCAAGUGCGCUCCGAGCGGAGCCCCGUGCAGGUCAUCAAGUACCUCGGCAGCUUGGACAUACUCGUGAUCGCAGCCGGCGAUUUGAAACUCACGUUUUGGCAGCCCAACGCGCUCUUUACGACCGAGUCGCCGGCGCCCGUGUACGUUGCGAGCACCGAGCACCCGCAGCGGGUCCUCGAGUGGGCGCCGACAGCGUCCCGCCUCUUUUCGCUCGCCACCGACGAUGCGAUUCUCGUCUGGCGCGUGAUUGCCAAGACGAAAAAAUCGUGCAGCGCCGUGUGCACGAACGUUCUGCGCUCGCACAAGGACAUGGUGCAAGAUCUCCUGCUCGUCAACGACGAGACGCUCGUGUCCUGCGGCAUGGACUCGCUCAUCAAGAUUUGGGACCCGUCGAGCUUGGAGUGCAAGAGCACGCGGCGCGGCCAUAAGCGCGGCGUCCGAAAGCUCGUCAAGCACUCGGACACGGUGUUUGUGAGCACGGGGUUUGAGCGGGACAUGCUUGGAUGGGACGUCUCGGGGCUGAGCAUCGCGCCCAUCUUUCGGCUCUCGGGCCAUGCGUCGCCAAUCAUAUGCAUUGAGAUGAUCCCGCACCUCGGACAAGCCAUCAGCCUCGACGACGAAGGCUAUUUCAAGUGGUGGAACAUGACCAACCUCGUGUCCAUGGACGACAACGACCGGUGUCUCCAGACUUUCCGCUUUGGCAACGACCAGUACCCGUGGAAGCCCAACGCCUUUACGCUGUUUACGAACGGCGCGACGAUCCUCGCGUCCGGAUUUCAUUUGAAGUGGAUUCAGCGUGUCCGGCUCAAGCCCAAGCACUAUGCAUCCAGCGCCGUCCUUCUGAACUCGACCACGCUGACGCUCCUCACAACGACCGACCGCGACGUUCACAUUUGGGAUGCGCACAAGGGCACGCUGCUGCACGUCUUUCGCGGGCUCUGUCGCAGCGACAUUACGCGCGUGGUGCUCGACGCCCGCGAGCGCAAGUUUGUGCUCUCGACACUAGGCGGCGAUGUGCUCGUCUUCAACUACCUCAACGGUGCGCUCCUCAAGAGCUUCCCGCGGCACUUGGGCCAGGUCUCGAGCAUGCUCUACUGCAAAGAAGACGAGGUCGUGCUCACAGCGUCCUGGGACCGCGCCCUUCGUCUCUAUGACGACGACUCGAGCAAGCCGCUCCUGCGCUCCAUCGCACAUGCUCACCGCGCCGAUAUCAAGUGCAUGGCGUACUCGUACCACCUCGGCCUUGUCGCCACGGGCAGCGCCGAUGGCACGCUCAAAAUCUGGGACUACGUCUACUUUUUGCUGGAGCAAGCGUACGCCGAGCACAGCGUCGAGGUCAACGCGGUGGCCUUUCUCGAUCCGCACCCGAUCGUGCUCAGCGGCUACGACAAUGGCAUGCUCGUGCUCCACUCGGUGCGGCCGACAGCUCACCCCACGCGUCUCUGCCAGUUCUCCAUUGACGCGUUGAGUCCGACAGCCUCUGUCGCAACGUUGGAGACGCUGUACGACCCGUUUGGCGGCGAGACGGUCGCCGAAGGCAUUACGAGCGGCCGGCAGCUAGUCUACGUUGGCGACUACAGCGGCAUGCUUCGCUGCUGGGACCUCUACCCGGUGCUGCGGCAGUACCAAAUUGCUGCAGCUGACGAGUCCCUCUUGCCGCAUACGUCCAAGUCGUACAACCCACGGCGCCGCAUCGAGCGGGACGGCGAUGGCACGGCCUCGACAAUCGAUCGAACAACGUCGGCGCCAAUCGUGCCGGCGCCGCCCGUGACGAGUGCGUGGCAAGCGCACACACUGGCCAUCAAGUGCGUCACGCUCGUCGAGUCGCCCGUCGCUUGUAUCUUGAGCUGCGCAGUCGACAAGACGACCAAAGUGUGGAGCUUGGACGGAACACUGCUCGGUGUCCUCGGCAGCGCAAAUUGGGAUCUCGUCCUCAACACGACCGAGGUCGCAGCGCAAAAAUGGGCCCACGCCACCGCACUCUGGGACGAUCUCAAAGCUGGCAAAAUCGAUUUGGCAAGCGGGCGUCGUGCUCGGCAUAGUACGCUGGGGCGGGUGCAGAGCUUGCCGUCGUUUACUCCGCCAUCGCCGCUGGACCUAUGCGAGCCCGAGGGGCUGGCCCCCGCGUCUCUGGCGUCGUCCAACAACGAGAAGGACCGUCUCUUUGGCCAACUGCACGGCGACAGCACGUGGAAGAAGUCGGACAUUCAAAUCGCUCGGGAAACGGCAUGGGAAGCCGAAGCUGUCAAGUACAAGGCGCGCAUGGACCGUAUUUUCAAGCAGCAACCUGCGGCCACCACCAAACCCGAUCGGUCCGACAUUCACACGCCCGUGGGACCGCCGAUCCUCGAGUCGUUGGCGUCCGACCAUCGCGAGACGCUUUCGUCGCUCUCGACGACGCUGCCUCGCCUCUCGUCCAACCAGCUGUCUCAAAUGAGCUUUGACGACAAGGACAACUGGAGCGUCAACAGUCGCAACCGCCAAAAACUCAUUUACCGGCAUUUGUUUUCGGAAAACAGCCGAAAUUUGCGUAACCCAACGGCCAAGAAGCAGCCAAAGUUGCUCCUCGAAACCAUCGACACGGCGCCGUCCGCCUUCGUGCUCCAGCAUCUCGGCCCUGACAUUCCUCGCAAGCCGACGCCCAAGCCCCGCCGGCUCAACGUGCCGACCCUCGCCGCCUCGGCGUCUGCGCCUACUCUGUCCAAAGUUCUCAAGCCGCGUCGGGCGUCGUCGCACCGGCUCGAAAAAAUGGCGGCCAGUGCACCGAGUCUCGACAGUAUCAUUCACGACCGCCCCUCCUCGACAGCCGCCAAAACGAACCCGGUGGUGGGAAGUCCCGAGAAGACUCUCGCUCGCUUCGAAGCUAUGAUCGCCGACCGGCCGCCCGAGACACGACCCAUGACAUCCCCGAAAAAGCCAGAGGCGAGUCCCCCCCGACAACGCGCUGGUAGCGUCACCCAUGUCGUGCUGCCUCCUGUCGCCACGAGCACCACCACCAACAACAACAGUCCGCCCAAGCCACAGAAAUCGCACAAGUCGGUCGCUGUCAAAGACUUAGUCGACGCCGAUCGUCGCAUCUUGCACCAGCCGCUCUUUGGCCCGUACCCGCGCGACCACGUACUCGAAGUGUGCCGAAUCUUCGUCCGCAUCGAUGUCGACAACAGCGGCGUCAUUGAGACCAGCGAGUUUGUGGAAAAGUUGUCGCAACUCGAAGGCGACGACUGGCGCGACGCCCUCAAUACGGUCUUCUGCGAUCUCGACAAGGACCACAACGGCAUGCUGGACAUGCCCGAGCUCCUCAAGGCCAUGUUCCCGAAAGCGACGAACCGCGUCCAGGACGAGAUGCUCCAGUUCGCGCGGGUCGCGGUGGCGGCCGAGCGCCAUGAAAAAGCCAAGCUCCGCGAACUGAGCCCCAAGGCGCUGGCCGAUAUCACGGCCCUCUUCCACCUCUUUGACAUUGACAACAGCGGCGCGAUCGAGCCGAUGGAGCUCCUCCGCGAGUUCAAAGCCAACGAGCGCCGUUUCUACGACAAGCACCCGGAGCGCAGCAUCGCGGAUCGGUGGCAGCUGGCCGACAUUGUCAAGAUCUUUCAGCAGUACGACUCGAACGCAAACGCGAGCUUGGAACUCGACGAAUUCAUUGAGCUCUUCCGCGAUAGUUUCUAGUCGACGUGUACACUAUUGUCUUUCGAAACAUGGACGCAUUGCAUCCGAG